UUCAAAAUGGCGGCGGAAGUUCAUUGAUUCUUUAUCACAGAAUUUGGCCAGAAAUCACCGAAAUGACAGAGUUUACWAUUGAUGUUCACUCAGACCUUGCCUGUCCCUGGUGUUAUGUUGGCAAACGUCAACUAGAUCUUGCGAUCCAGCAAUUCACCAGUGAUAAUCCCAAUGUUAACAUAACAGUUAACUGGCAUCCAUAUAUCAUUGAUAAAAAUACGGCACAAAAUGGCGAGGAAUACAUGACUUAUAACCGUAGACGAUGGGGCAGCGAUGGCUGGACGAACUCCUUAAGAAAUGCUGGAAAAAGGAUUGGAUUAGAGUUUAGGAAUUGGAAGACUUGGCCAAAUACAGUCAAUGCCCAUCGUCUUGUGCAUUUGGCUGGUCAAAAGAAUGGACCUAAAGGUCAAAAUAUGGCCAAAGAUGUUCUCUUUCGAAUGAUAUACGAAGAUGGCAAGAACAUAAGUGAUGUCCACAUUCUUGCAGAAGCUGCACAUGAGCUUGGUCUAGAUGAUGUCGUAGGAUAUUUGAACUCAGGGCAGGGUUUUGAUGAAGUUAUGGCCGAGGAUUCCCAUGCUAAAACAAAGCUAAGGAUUUCUGGUGUUCCUUUCUUUAUUUUGCAAAGUAAAAAGGGCCAAAAGAGUCUUUCUGGAGCUCAGUCAGCAGACAAUUUUGUCAAAGCAUUUACUCAGCUUAGCGGCUCAUGAAUUGUGAUCAGCCCACAUCAUGUUUUUUUUUUUGUUUUAAACUGCCUAGCUGUGAAUACRAUAAUUGUGCUAUUUACAGCCAGCUAUUUGAUUGAGGUCAAUAAACCCGUGAAAAUAGUUUGUAAUGUAACCAGUGAGAUUUCAGCUGAACUACAAGAUCAGACYGAGAGCAGGCUGGCAUCACACUAMUUAGUAUGAAAAUAUAUGAAUAUGUGCAUGGCACGCAUAGCAGAAUUCUGAGAUACAAAUGACAUGAACUGUUACUGUCAGUCUGGAAACUCCUUUUUGAYGACAGUUGAACAAGCRACAAUGCAUUUGAAUCUUGGAAUAYACUACCGUAUCUUCAGAGUCAACACAGACAUGGACGCUUAUAUAGCUAUAUCUGAAUAGAGCWGAGUCACUUGAACCAUGAAAUAGAAACUAAAUACUUAGUUACUAAUAGRCACUAUUUAGACACUAUCACUGAACCAGAACAGUACAAAGAGAUUACUUUGAUUGUUAAAGUGGU